AUGGCGGCAAAUUCGGCAAGUGCGUAUACCAGGCGAUGCGACAUGUGUAAUUAUUCUACUAAUCGCCUCGGUAAUUACAUCAGGCAUACACAGUCGGAUGCGCAUCUCAACCUUGUGCAUUUUCAUGCAAAUGAAGAUUUACAGGCACCUCUGGAUUGCUGUAGCGGUGAGCUAGAGGAGACAGAGGAAGGCGACACCGAUACUAGGCAGGCAGGAUUUAGCGAUACCCCUGUCGAUGUAGAAUUCACGCAGCCACCGUUACACCAUAACGAUUCUGACCACAACGAGAAUCAUCAACAUCAGCGACAGCAAGGAGACUGGUUUCCGUUUUCCUCAAGAGCUGACUUUUACCUCUACGUGCUGGUGAAUUCCACAACGCAUCCAGUCAGUGAUGCAGUGGUAAAAUUUGUGAUAUUCAUUCUGAAGCAGUGUGGAGUAGAUGGAAUUCCUUCAUUUGCUUCAAUCAAAAGAAAAAGUUUUGGCUCAUUUGACUGGAAUGAUUUUCUUAUGCAGGGUAACGAUAAUGAUGGCACACCCAUGUGGGCUGUUCGGCCAUCUGCAGUAGCACAGCUAUCUGUUGCCCACCCUGAUGUUUCAAGAUCAUUUAUAAGGGCAUUCCUGAUCACUGAUGUCAAGAAGAAUGUAAGUCUGGAAAAUAUGAAACACAGAAGUAUUAAUGAAGAUGAAAGCUUCUACAAAAAAGAGAAUGCCAACUCUCUCAUUGGGCCCAUCAAUCAUGAGGACUUCACUAUGAAUUCCAAUAUUAGGAAGCCAAUUGUAACAGUGCCAGUAAAUCUUUUCUUUGAUGAUACAUCAACUCACAGAUCAAAGAGAUGGCUUGCUUUACACUGUGUACAGAUGCAGUUGGCAGGGAUUCCAAUGGAUGAACGACAUAAGGAGAAGAAUAUACACUUCAUUGGUGCUUCAGAGAAAGUAGACAUGAUGAAACUGGUAGAGAUGGCAAUAUCUGACAUCAGGCAAUGUAAAAGGGACGGAUUUAUUACAUUUGAUGCAGUUCAUCAGAAAGAAUGUCUUAUAAAAUGUCCUCUAGAUGUCAUCGUAGCAGAUUAUAACGUGCUGUCAUUUUGCUGUAAUCACCUUGGUGCAUCUGCAAUCAAAUACUGUCCGCGAUGUCAUGCAUCGUCUGAAACAUUUCACCAGAUUCUUCAGCAAAGAUUACCGGAGGAAACCAAAAGAACCGUCAACAGAAUUGACCUGAGGUCAAAAGAGGUGGACAAAAUUAAGCUUCGUAAACAAACGGGUGUCAAGGAACAUUUUAACUGUUUGUGGGAUGUGAUUGAUCCACAUAGAGACAUACCAGUGGGAUUGCUACAUCUUAUUCCCCUUGGAUUGGCAAAGCAUCUGAUUGUCUUUAUCAUUAGCCAGAUGGAUAAUGAGACAUUAAAGAGAAUGGGUUGCCAUUUGGAAACACUUUUGCCGUCCAAAGGACUAGAGUUUUUCCAGUACAUAGAAAGCAGACAAGGGAAAGACUUCAAAAGUUAUUUGCAGGUAGCCCCAUUCAACCUUUUGUUCGUGGGAGCUGAUAAAGUCUUUAUAAGGCUUACAUGUUGCUUGGCCCAGAUACAGAAACAGCUAAAUCAGGAAAAUAUUGAUGAGAAGCUCAUGAAUGAGCUACAGGGAAACAUAACAGAAUACCAUCAGCUGAUCACAGAAUAUUUACCGAACUUUGCCAAAAAAGCCAAGACACAUCUCUUGCUUCAUGUUAUGGAUGAUAUUAAGCGACAUGGUCCUCCAACCUCAUAUGAUGAGGAUUCAUUUGAGAAGAAUCACGGAAGAAUUCGUGAUCAAAUUUUUAUUCAGAACCAGAAAGCAAGAAGCAGAGACACAGCAGAAAGAUAUGCUCAACAUAUUCUCUGCUCUCAUAUUGUUACUGGUGGAUUCUUCAAAGACAGUGAAAUCUGGACGCAAGCUUCAGAUAACAUUUGCCAAGCUGGAUGUAAUCCCGCUGUGAUGUCUUUUCUUGGCAUCAAACAUGGAUCCCAGAAAACACCAGGGGAAAUUUCGAAGCUUGAAAGACAUCCAAAUGGUCAUGUGAAGAAAAAUCCAGUAACUGAUGAUUCUUUGCUAAUGAUGUCUGUAGGGCUUAGUGAAAAUACAUGUACCAGCUUUUCCAAGGGUCAAUGUGUCACCAGUCAAUCAUUGGACCUUAUCAACAGUGGAGAUUGGGUAGAAUACACAAACAGCAGUGGUGAGUCAUGCUAUGGUGUAUUCAAGGGUGCAGUAGAAAUUGAUGGAGUGUUCACAUUUGCAAGGGUUCAGAAAUCUCAAGACUUGAGAGAGGAAGACAGUUCCCUUGGCUGUGCAUUGCAUCUUUUGACCACUGCAUACGAAUAUAUACCGGCCAAAAAUAUUAAAACACCCUGUCCUUUUAUUCAUGAUUGUUUCAAAGGGAAUUGCAGAGUCUCCUUCUCACUUACCAAACAAAGAGUGGAGCAGCAGAAUGUGUCAAAGAGAAAACUAAUCAUCCUUCACAAUGUACACCAUAAGAUUUAUAUGUUAAACAAAUUUCAUUUGUAAUUCUUUAUUACACUCUGUUUUAAGAUAUCAUUGAUUCACACUUUGCUUAAUAUACUGUACUGUACUGUGUAAUAUACGGUACUGAAUAUGUAUAAAUACCUCAGGGUUCAAACGAUGUUCAUUCAAAAGUAUAAAAAUUUCCAAGAUUUCUCCUUUAAAAUGCUUCAUCCAGCUUAUCAGGUUUGUUUAUAUGACUAAAAAUUAUGAUAUCUACAAGAAUUUUGUAUUGUAAGAGAACCGAAUGAUUACAUUGAAAAUUUGUGUGAGGUUUCAUGAAAAAAAAUAAUGCAACAUACUGUAUUGUAUACUACUCAUUUUUAAAAAAAAAACAUCAUUAUUACAAAUAAAUAGACUUGUGACCCUUGCCUGUUUUGUAGUUAUUUGUAUAUGGAACCUCAUAUUCUAGCAAACUGGUCUCGAGUGAAAUAAAGAAUUUCAUUAGAUCGAUUAGCAUGUGUCAAGACUCGGUAUAAAGUUCAUGAAACCUUAUUCAUUCAGC